UAACUGGAAGAGCAAAUUCUUCUUCAUUCGAUUUCCUCAUGAAGUGGAAUGACCCCUACAAUGGCAACUGCUGCUUCCCUCGACCCCGCAAUUAGGGGAGUUCCAUCUUGAUACCUCCUAUAUAGAGGCUUCAUCUUGCUUAGUAGGAUGAUAGCUGAACUUAACACGCUUAUUAUCUGAGGAAUUAUUGUCCUAUUUCCGACUGAGCCACCUUACUUCUGAAACACCUCACUCCCUGGGUAAGCUUCUCUUUUGGUUUUUUUGUGACUUCAUGUAUUUUGUUUUACCUACUGUAACUGACCCCAUACUCUGUCUUGUACAGCUGAUGCUUUAACCCGUGCCUCAGAAAUCCAAUCUCUUCCUCUAAGUGAUAUGGAGAUAAUGUGACGCGGUCGAGUCAUCCUAGAGAGGAGGUCGCUCCCCUACUCGACUUCAACCCAGAUCGGUAUAAUUGCCUCUACAAACCCCCGACCCAGUCUUCCUCCAAGAGCAUCGUCUACUUCCAGGCCUGCCUCCUUUGCUCAUCCCAAGACCUCGCUUACAUCCCGGCCUGCCGCCUCUGUUCAUCCCCGGGCCUCACCUACAGCCUGGCCAUCCGCCCCCUAUGCAUCUCCAAUUAGCUAAUCCUUCCCGACCGACUUCUUGCCCGGGUCGCGGCCGUGGUCGAAGAUCAGCCAACGUAACUUAUGUCAUCCCUGCCUUCAGAGAGGCAUCUCAGGCGGCUCGUCGGGCACAUUCUGUAAAUGACCGCUCGAGUCGGGAUACACCCUCUUCUUCUCGGCGUAGGGCUCGGCUGCCCUCUGAGGAUUCUGAUUCGGACGAUCGGCCUUUGGCUCACAGAUUUCGCCGCAGAACUACCAAUCCUAGCCAAGACUUGGGCCCUUCCCCUGUUCCUCAUCCUUCACCUCCUGUUGCAACCACUACUCCUAUCCCGAGCCAGGCAGAUGCUCCUCCUGAUCCUCCCGAGGUUCCGGCCGAGCCUCCACUAGCUCAACCUUCACCCUCGCAACAGCACCAGAGCACCGAAGCUAGCCCCUCACCUUAUUUCUCACCCACCACCUCGCCUCCGGAGCCUUCCCAUGUGCCCCCUUCAGCUCCCUCUGACUCAGCUGUUGGGCCUUCACAGCCACCGCCACCUACUCAUCACCAUUACCGUACCACUACCCCUUCUGAGGCUAGGUUAAGGUCAAGGCAAGACGUUCCCACCAGCACCUUGACAAUGAAAGGUCAUUUGGCCAAUUUAUGGGAAGAAAGUAUGCACCAGAUGGAACUCUUGCCGCAGCCUGCCCAAAUGGAUAUAUUCUCAGAGUUAUAUACUAAGGCUUGUGCAGAGUCCCUGAUAAUAAAUCAAUCCUUCCAUGCCACUCAUUACCAGAAUAAGGUGUUGCGGGACAAGGUAACAGAAUUAGAGCUUUAGUUAAAUGAUCCUGCGCAGGUUAGUUAUGCCCUGAGAGCUGAAAUAAAGGACCUGACCAAAAGGAAUACCCAUCUGGAAGUAUCCCUGGCGUAGGCUAACCAUAAGCUUAAAGGCCUUCAAGAAGAAAAGAGCCAGAUUAAUAUCGUGCACCAGCAACACGUGGAUCAACAAGCUUUGGUGCAUCAAUGAGCCAUUGACCAGUUAACCCAGAAACUACGUUUCGAAGAAACCGUAGCACAAGAGCAGAACAAAAGAUUAGAGUCCCAAGCGGCACAAUUGGCGUCUCAAGCAGCAGAACUUCUGGUCGUCCGGGUUGAACUAUCGCAGGCCCGUGCUACUGCAGAGGGGGUAUCCACAGCCCUGGCCGUCUAUAAGGAAGGGGAGAAUGACCGCUGCAAGCAGAGCCGCGACUUGUACCUGCGCUCUCCAGAGUUUUAUGCCCAAGCGGGACAACAUUUCUCCAUGACUGUUAUUUAUGGUGCGAUUGGGGCUCUACGACAACUCUACGAACAAGGUUACUUGAAAUCCACUCCUCCUGCCGAGUUUCUGGAUCAUGACCGGAUCCUUAAAGAGAUUCUGGAUGAUA